AGGGGUUAUUAUGGCCGCGGUAUGUGGAGGCGUUGCUCCCUCUCUGAGAGCUGCUUUGACUUUGGCCAGCAGACGAAGGGGAGCGACGAAGAAGAAGCACGCCCGAGUCGUGCCGUGCAGUCUUUCAUCAUGAAGAACUCUAAAGAGGCUGUUCAGUCUGCAGCGAAAGAGUUCCUGCAGUUUGUGAACAGAGGAGUGUCUCCAUACCACGUGGUUGAGGAAUGUAAACGGCGUCUGCUGGAGGCCGGCUUCAUCGAGCUGAAGGAGACGGAGCAGUGGGACAUCAAGCCGUCUGCUAAGUACUUUGUGACCAGGAACUUCUCCAGCCUCAUCGCCUUCGCUGUGGGCGGACGCUACCUGCCGGGGAACGGGUUCUCAAUGAUCGGAGCCCACACAGACAGCCCCUGCCUCAGAGUGAAGCCGAGGUCCAAGAGGACGAAGCAGGGCUGUCUGCAGGUCGGCGUGGAGUGCUACGGCGGCGGCAUCUGGAACACUUGGUUCGACCGUGAUCUGACCAUCGCCGGCCGCGUUAUGGUCAAGAGCGACAGUAAACUGGUUCACCGGCUGGUUCAUGUGUCCAGACCUCUGCUCAGGAUCCCUCACCUGGCCAUCCACCUGCAGAGGGACAUCAACGAUUCCUUCGGCCCAAACAAGGAGAACCACCUCGUGCCCAUCAUCGCCACCGCCGUCCAGGAGGAGCUGCAGACGGGCUCCACAUCCUCCGGAGAUGCCACCUGUGCCACCAGCACGGCAGAGAAACACCACCCGGCGCUGGUGAAAGUGCUGUGUUCAGAGCUGGGAGUCGAGGCCGAAGCCCUGCUGGACUUUGAGCUCUGUCUGACUGACACUCAGCCUGCAGCGUUGGGAGGCGUGUACGAAGAGUUCAUUUACUCUCCUCGUCUGGACAACCUCCACAGCUGCUACUGCGCCCUGCAGGGGCUGAUGGAAUCCUGCUCAGGAGACUCUCUGGCCAAAGACCCCAACGUCCGCAUGGUCACCCUGUACGACAACGAAGAGGUGGGAUCAGAGAGUGCUCAGGGAGCUCAGUCCAACCUGACAGAGCUUAUCCUCAGCCGCCUCGCCGCUUCCGCCUCCAACCUCACCGCCUUUCAACAGGCUGCGCCGCGCUCCUUCAUGAUCAGCGCCGACAUGGCACACGCCGUGCACCCCAAUUACCAGGAGAAGCAUGAGGAGAACCAUCGACCAGCUUUCCACAAGGGCCCAGUGAUCAAGUUCAACAGCAACCAGCGCUACGCCACUACGGCCGUCACCGCUUCCGUUGUCAGAGAGGUCGCCAGCAAGGUCGGGGUGCCUCUGCAGGAUGUGAUGGUCCGUAACGACAGCCCGUGUGGAACCACCAUCGGACCCAUCUUGGCCGCCCGCCUCGGCGUCCCCGUGGUGGACAUUGGAGCUCCGCAGCUCUCCAUGCACUCCAUCAGGGAGAUGUGCUGCACCUCCAGCGUCCUGCAGAGCACCACCCUCUUCAAGGGUUUCUUCGAGUUGUUCCCCACGGUGAGGAACACGCUGGUUGUCGACUAGAGCCAGAAGAACCGCUACCAAUGGAAACAAAGGAUUCCUUUUACUGCAACACAUCCAGGGCUCAGCACGCACUCAUGUAAUAUUAGCAUCACGUCCUUGUUGAAAAUGGUGUGGACGAUGCUCUCUACUGUGCUGUAAUUUUAUCCCCCAAAGAAGAAAAUCACAAACAGCUCAAAGCACUUCCUGAUCUUUCUUAUGAACUGAAAUUGUUUAGAAAAUAAUAAAAUAUUGAAAAGUU